UAAACUAAUACCCCUUAAAUAGCAAUGGAGGACCUCACUCUAGAGGGGCUGACAGGCUACUACUUGGGAGGCGGUGAGAUAACAUGCUGCACUCUUGUUAAAGAGGAUCUCUACGUCGCAGUAAAGUCUCAUCUUCUGGUUUACUCCACCCGCAAUGCUGCUCUUUUGCACGUGCAAAAACUUGGAUCUUCUGAGGUUACAGGAUUGUCUCCGAGUCCGACUAAUUCUCAGCAGCUUCUGGUAACGUCACGUGACGGGAGCGUGUCUGUUUGGGAUAUGACUGACUGGACUCUGAUGAGGACGUUAACUGCGGGCUCUUCAGUUUCACACCUUCUCGUUUCUCGUUCUGCCGAGCACAUAUUCCUCGUCACUAGAGGCACAGAGUCUGGUAAUACGAUAACAAAGAUUCAAAAGCAUUGUGCAUCCACAUUGUCCCACAUUUCUGAUUCGCUUAUCAUCAAAAAACAAUGCGAUAACUUCCGAAUAUCAUCCUGUGGCAACUUCAUCUUGUUCACACGUGACACGAGAGUGCGCGUCAUCAACACGUGCACGUGCGCCACCUUCACCAGAUUUACACACGAUACAGAUCUUUGUGCUACUGCGCUUCACCCGACAAGGAAUAUAGCUGCAGUGGCGGAUGUGGAUGGGAGAAUUUGCUUCCUAAAUGACUGGAAUGUCAAGGGAAGUGUAGAAGGGGAUGUGCAGCAUUGGCACGCUAACCAAGUAGGAGGAAUGGGCUUCGCUCCCCGCUCUGAUGUCCUCUUCUCUGGAGGGGCCGAGAGUGUGCUGGUAAAGUGGCUCGACGGACAGCCUCAGUUCCUUCCCAGAAUAGGAGGAGGAAUACAACACGUGCUGUGCCCGGAGUCAGGUGAUAUAGUUGUGUUGGUUACCCAGGAUACUGCCAUUCAUAUUGUCUCUCUCAACACAUGGACUGUCAAGUUCAAACUCUGCAAUAUCCUCAAAAGACCACGUGACACAUGCAGCAAAACACGUGCUACAACUGAAAUUGCUAGCUCGGGAACUGAUGUUGUAUUCUCUUCAACCCCCGGCAAUCUACAGGUAUUUGACGUGGAGAAGAGGGAACACAAGAGAAUAGUAGACAUAACCAACCAGAACCAAAGCACUGGUCACACGAGAAAUAAGACUCUAUCAUACAUUGACAUAACUCAUUUCAAGAUAAGUUUUGACGAAGAAUGGUUGGUUACGAUAGAAAGACGAGACGACGGUUUUGUCACUCCAGAGAACAGACUGAAGUUCUGGAGACGACACGAGACAGGAUACACUCUGAAGACGUGUGUAGAUCCUCCCCACACCAAGCUGACCACCUCCCUCUCCCUAGGUCUCACUGCCUCCCCCACUGCAGUGACAACUUCAACUGACUGUACCGUCAAGGUAUGGGUCUGUGGAGACGAUGAGGACAAAUGGACUGAGAAACAGGUCCUGAAACACCGACACGGACCAGCGUACAACAGCGUCAUAUCAGAUGAUGGAAGUGUUAUUGUGGUCGGUUACAAGGGUGUGAUAGUGCUAUACGGAACUGACAAAUGGGAGGUUAAAGCAGAGGUGCCUCAGUUAAUCAGUAGAAUGGACCAGAUCUUCUUAUCUGGAUAUUAUCUCCUUAACUCUGCUAAAGAUCUUAUCUCAGUGUGGGACCUUACAUCUGUUUCCCUUUGUUGGGAGGUCUCAGCUAACGUGUCGUAUAUUUUAGGGCUCCCUGACAAGACUUUCCUCGCAUUUAUAGCCAGAAAGUCUGUAACGGAUGCGUAUCUAUUUGGGGUAAAAAGUGCAGCACCGUUAGCUGUCCACAAGUUUGUGUGCCCUGGAGUGGUAGAGGGAGCUUGUGUUGUGGAUGGGGGAGAGAAAGUUGUGAUGCUGAACAAUCAGCACGAGCUUUACACCCUCUCCCACAUCUCCCCACCCCCUCUAGCUACUGCUGAGCGGCAACACGCUGACACUGCUACAGUUUUCACUCAACUCCUCAAGAUAGCAGCUCCCGCCGUUACGUCGCCCGAAUUCAAACACAAUUCCUCAGCAACUGUGGCUUCUUCUGUUUUAAACGUUUCUAGUAGUGCAAUGCCUCCACUGUCAGCGAUUUGUGCCAAUGUUUUGUCAGAUUUUCUUCCUCAGAAAACUAGUAGUAGUACAAAUUAGGCUAUCGAUUUAGUGAACAAGGUUUUUUAAUUCUGCUAAUUUAUUGACCAGUUAUAUUAUUUGAAGGUAUAUUAUGUUUCAAAACAUAUAAAUACUGGAUUUUUACCAAGUUCUGACUAACAGUUUUAACGAUCAAUAAACAGCGUUUACAUUGUUCAAAAUGGACUAAUGACAUCUGCGAUAUACGAGAGAUUUAAUACAAAGAAGUCCCGCGCAACAAAAAAGCUUUCCAUGAGCUGAUGAACAUUAACUGACUUUCAACAAUUUCAAAUUUGAUACAAUCUACACUUGUCACUAAUUAGUCAUAGUGGACAUACCUUAUCGGACCAAAUUUUUCACGGACAUGAUUAUUCACGCUCAUGACCGCCCAAAAAAUGGUGAAAAUAUUUGGUGAUUUUUAAGAAGUGUUAAUAAUAAUUACUCUUUUUCUGAACUCUAUAGAAUCAAAUGAAUGUGACUGAUAUGAGGGGAGAUUAUAUUUGUCCUAGUAUACUAAUAAGUUACUGGGCCGCGCUCAGCCUGUCAUUCCGCCGAAUCUCUAUUGCCUGAUAUGUGAUAGCCUGAGGUCCCCAAGUAAGAUCAUUCCCAAGCAGCAUUCCGCAGAGAAGGUCAUUUAAACAUUGUAUUCAACUAUAAUCCAGUCCAUUAUGAAUAUACAAUGCACUUAAUGAAGGCUAGGAAAACAAUAUAAUAUAACAUCGCCAUACCGUUUCGUAAAACAAAAAGCCUGUGAUUACAAAACAGCUGCUAUCAGUAUCAUGUUAAUCUAUCAACAAUUAUGUAUCAUAUUUUAAUGUUUUCUAUUUCUGAAAUUCAUGCAGAGAACGCGCGUAAUUCGAACAAAGAAAAACAAUGUUUAAUCCUUUUGUUUUAACCU